GCCGCAACCACCAUUUAUAUAAAAUACGACAAGUGGACUAUUUCGUUAGAGUUGGAAUUGAACGUUGAACCGACAUGAUGAGAAUGGAUUACAAGCUGGCGACGGUGAUGCUGGGCGUGCUGCAGUUAGCUGCGGCGCUGCCAGCGCUAACGCUGCAGGACCUGGAGGUGGCGGAUGACACCAUGUCCGUGGGCUCCUACAUUCGGGAAGUUCGAGCCGCCGCGCCGCAGGAUUACCACAAAACUUACGAGAACGAGGGUGAUGGCGAAAUUGGAUACUCGCGCAAGAAGUCCGGCGGCGGCAAGAAGGGCUACCAGCACUUCGACUCGUACCACAAGAAGGCCGGAGACAACUAUGAGUUCGAGAAGCAGGACUCGUUCGGGUUGGACAAGGAGGACGAGUCCGGAGCACACUCCCACCCUCAGGAGCAAAGAGUGGAACGUCCUCAGGGGCAGAGCCGCAAGUACCGGGAGGCGGAGGUCCCGUAUGAAGACACCCCGGAGUACGAGAGAUACGAGGAAGAACCCGAGCAGCAUGAGAAGACCGCCAAGAAGAAGAAACACCAGAAAAAGGAAAAAGAACCACAUUACGAAGAGCUAAAAGAAGGUGCUAGCGACGGCAACGGCGGAGUAGAAGCAAGGGGACACGAUCCCCGCGACUACAUCCUUCCUGAGAAGUAUACUUGGGACGAAGAGGAGGCCUAG